AUGAGGCAACCUUUGAGUCUCUAUGUCCUGAGACCGAAGCCCGAGCCUACAGAUGCAUAUUCAACUGCUGCAUUUCCAAAGUGGGAAAUGCCUGAUGCCAACCCGAAUACUCAAGAGAAUGAUAAACUGGAUUUCAAGUUUCCGUUUACUUCUGAUCAAUCAUUGAAAACUGAGCAAAACGUCCCUGUGAGCUCUUCGGACGAACGUUGCAGAUCUACGGUCGAGGCAGUGACAGCGCCUCUCGUUUCUGAGCAAGUUCAACGACCACACAAGUGUAACUGCUGUGAUAAAUCGUUUUCACGAGCAGAUAAUCUACGGACACACUUUCGUACCGUUCAUAUGAAACUGCGAAAUCACACAUGCAAAUACUGUGGGAAAGCGUUUUAUCAUCUGGGCUACGUCCGUAUCCACGAGAUAGCUGUUCAUCUGAAUCACCGCCCCCAUUCAUGUGACCACUGCGACAGAUCAUUUGCAGAAAAGUGCGCUUUGCGAAAACAUAUCGAAGCCGUUCAUCUAGGACAACGCCCCUUUAAAUGUGAACACUGUGGUGCGUCGUUUAAUCGGAAAGGCACUUUGAAAAAGCAUAUCAGAUGUACUCACUUUGAUCUUCACCCUCAUGCAUGUGAACUCUGCGACAGAACAUUUCCUGUGAAGAGCGCUUUACGAAAACAUGUCAAGACUGUUCAUUUUGACCAUCGCAAGUAUACGUGUGGAGACUGUGGCAAAUCUUUUAUCCAAAACUACUAUUUACAAUUACACAUCAACUCUGUUCAUUUGAAACAACGCCCUUUUAAAUGUGAACACUGCGGUGCAUCUUUUACUCGGAAUGGCAGUUUACGAAAGCAUAUCAAGCGUAGUCACUGGGAUCAUCGCCCCCAUGAAUGUGAACUCUGCGACAGAUCGUUUUCUGAUAAGUGCAGUUUGCGAAGACAUGUCAGAUCUGUUCAUUUGGGUCAGCGCCCCCAUGCAUGUAAACUCUGUGACAAAUCGUUUGCUGAGACGUGUACUUUGCGAAAACAUAUCGAAGCUAUUCAUUUAGAACAACGCCCCUUUAAAUGUGAACUCUGUGGUGCGUCGUUUACUCAGAAUGGCAGUUUGAAAAGGCAUACCAGAUCUAAUCAUUCAGCUAAACACAACUACAAAUCAAAACACAAUCGCUGA